AUGAAUAGCUUCACGCGAGCGGCGGCCUUGUUCGCUGCCUCUCUGAGCCUUGCCAGUGCCGCCACCGUCAACUAUGACUUCAACAUCACUUGGGUCACGGCCAACCCGGACGGAGCCUUUGCGCGUCCCGUCAUUGGCAUCAACAACCAGUGGCCCAUUCCUCGCAUUGAGGCCAAUGUUGGCGAUCGCAUUGUCGUGAAUGUCAACAACCAGCUUGGUAACCAGUCGACUUCGCUGCAUUUCCACGGUCUCUUCAUGAACGGCACCACGCACAUGGACGGCCCCGUGGGUGUGUCUCAGUGUGAGAUUCCGCCCGGUCACUCCUUCAAAUACGACUUUACUAUUGACCAACCCGGCACAUACUGGUACCACUCUCACCACAAUGCGCAGUAUCCUGAUGGUCUUCGCGGCCCCCUCGUCAUCCACGACGCCAAGUUCCCUUACCGAAAGGAGGUUGACCAUGAACUUGUCCUGACCCUCUCGGACUGGUACCAUGACCAGAUGGCCACUCUUCUUCCGGCUUUCCUGACCAAGAACAACCCGACUGGCGCUGAGCCUGUGCCCAAGGCGGCGCUCAUGAAUGAAACUCAGAACUUGACUGUUCCUGUCGAGCCCAACACAACUUACAUGUUCCGAGUCAUCAACAUUGGUGCCUUUGCCGGCCAGUACCUCUGGAUUGAGGGCCACACCAUGCGCAUCGUUGAGGUUGACGGUAUUUACACCGAGGCUGCUGAGGCUGACAUGGUCUACAUCUCUGCUGCCCAGCGAGUCAGCUUCCUCCUCACCACCAAGAACGAUACUUCUGCCAAUUUCCCCAUUGUCUCCAGCAUGGACACUACUCUCUUUGACACCCUGCCAGAUGAUCUCAACUACAAUGUCACUGGUUGGUUGACCUACGACUCUCAGGCCACUCUUCCCGAGCCUGCCCUUGUCGACGAGCUGAACCCCUUUGACGAUAUGACGCUUGUGCCAUAUGACAAGAUGGAGCUACUGCCCGAGCCGGACCAGGUCGUCGAGCUCGAUGUCAUCAUGGACAACCUUCGCGACGGAAAGAACUAUGCCUUCUUCAACAACAUCACUUACACCAAGCCCAAGGUUCCCUCCCUGUACACUGCCAUGUCCACCGGCGACCUCGCCGACAACGCUGCCGUCUACGGCGAGUUCACCCACCCCUUUGUCCUGAAGAAGGGCGAGAUUGUCCAGAUUGUCGUCAACAACCUCGACUCUGGCCGCCACCCCUUCCAUCUUCACGGUCAUGCCUUUCAGGCUAUUCACCGUUCUGAAGAGGAAGCCGGUACUUUUGAGGACGAGGACCUCUCCGAGAGCGACUACCCUAGCGUGCCCAUGCGACGGGAUACCCUCGUCAUCUGGCCCAAUGGCAACAUUGUCAUGCGCUUCAAGGCUGAUAACCCUGGUGUCUGGCUCUUCCACUGCCACAUUGAGUGGCACGUCGCUUCUGGCCUUCUCGCCACGUUCGUCGAGGCUCCUCUUGAAAUCCAGAAGCAGUUCACUAUCCCCGACGACCAUCUGGCCGUCUGUGACGCUGCUGGCACCCCCUCCAAGGGCAAUGCUGCUGCCAACACUGUCGACUUCCUUGACCUGACUGGCGAGAAUAAGGCCGCUAAAACCAUCCCCGGCGGCUUCACUCCCCGCGGGAUUGUUGCUCUCGUCUUCAGCUGCAUCACCGGCGUCCUUGGUGUCGUCGUCGUCGCCUGGUACGGCCUGUCCACUCCCUUGGAGCUCGUCCCCCUUGAGGUCUCUCGCAUCGUCGAGAACUCAGAAGUCACUGAGACAUCCCAUGCUGCCAAUGGCGAUGAGUCUAGAGCCGCGGUCUCAUCCAGCAAUGCUGCUGCCGGAGGCGCUGUUUCGAGGAGCUGA